AUGUCUGAUUCGGAAAGUAAAGAGGAUUUGAAAGCCAAAAUUGCAAGGCUUGAAAAGGAGUUGGCUGCAACUAAAUCUCGAGAGAGAUCUCAAGCUAACAAGAAAGAGCAGGAUCAAGACAAUGAGCGAAUCCCUGGAACACCUCCUCGCCAGGCAUCCCCAGAAAAAGAAACUGUAAUUCCAGGGACUCCUCCAGAUUCACCUGGAAGACCGCUAUUGGCACAAAGUUUACGAUCCUCCAAAUACCAAUGCGAGAGCGAUGAAGAGCAUGAAGAGCGGGUUCUUGCGCGGCUCCAAAAGGAUAUAGUACCUCAGAUGCCUCGUGGAUCGAUUUUCCGGAGCAUGUCACAGGUUAAGGCUGCUAAAGUAAAGUCAGCUAAGGAACAGGAUACUCGGGCUAGACAGAAAAAGAGAGGGUUUGGGGAGAUUGUAAGCACAGAACCCAAAAAACAAGUGGUAGUAACAAAGCCUACAGAACCAAGACCAGAACGGGACUUGAGAAACAAAACACCACCAAAAGAAACCCCAGAAUACUUUGCAACUAAAAGUCAUGGUGUACCUGUAGCCAAGGAUAUUGACCAAAGUUCUAACUUGAAAAAGGGCGAAGACAUUGUGGAGCCAUUUUUCAAGUACAAGCUGUCGUCACAGUACUUGUCGUUUCAAGACCUACACCAACAGUUUUACGAAGAACUUGCCGACUGUCGACUUUAUAAUCUUUCACGGUUAUGUGCAACUGUAUGUCCACCAACUUUUGACGCGCCAACAGAUGCUAAUUGGAUUGUAUUUGCCGUGGUUGCACAUAAAUCCAAGGUAAUGCACGCAACUUUACCAUCAGGAAAUAGAAGAGCUGGGGCCCGGCCUGAAGCUCCACAACCAUUUAUGAUGCUGACACUUACCGAUCUUGGAGCUGUUGAACUGUCACUUGCAUUACAAGGUGCAGCAUUUGACCGAUACUGGAAACUGCGCGAAGGUUCGCUGGUUGCGUUGCUAAACCCAGCCGUGUACAUGACAAAGGCGCGCCAAGCGCGCGAUGCACAAAUGGCUGGAGUAUCACUUCAUGACACUGUUAACGGUAAUCAACCCUCGUUUACAGGAAGUGCCCCUCCUGGUCCUGCAUUUGCGCUACGCGUGUCACACGCGGACAAUAGUAUUUUGGAAAUAGGACGGGCAAAGGACUUUGCAAGGUGUGCGGCCACUACAGCACGCAAUUUGCAGUGCCAGCGAUGGGUCAAUGCGGCACAUGCGACCUACUGUGACUAUCAUACGGAGCAGCGAACUAAGGCUGCACGAGCGCAACGUUUGGAGAUGAACUCCAUGGGACAAGGCGGUGCUGGUGGUGGCCGGACUAUGUAUGCAACAAUGAGAGUGGGUAAGGGGGGUCGGUUAGCACUCAAUUCCAAAGGAUACGAUACUGCCAGGAAACAAGGGCUUUUACCUGACACUACACGGCGGCCUCAGCAUGUGCGGGAUACAGGGCCUGGGACUGGGGGGUAUUCGACGGUAUACGUUGCGCCGCCGGCGGCGUUACGGCCGUUUGAUGCGUCGUACAUUGAAACCAUGCCAGCGCAGCUGGAGGCUGGGAUGCGAGCGCAUGCAGGUGCAGCACGGCAGGCUCUUAACAAAGCUCGGGACAGUGAGCUUGUAGCGCGGUUAAAGAGUGCUCCUGGGGCUGCAGGGGAUGUUAUACGGAGUCAUCUUGGGGUGACGAUAUCGCAGGUGGCUGGGAUGUCUUCUGAUAAGAGGGGGGGGAAAAAAAGGAAAGAUAAUGAUGGUGAUGGUGAUGGUGAUAAUGACAGGGACGAUAGUGAACUAGUUACUGGGGAGAAGCUUGGUCCGUUUAAAACUGAGCAUAUUCGGCGGAUCGGGUUUGAUCCAUUGGUGAGACCUGGGGCAUUUACAAACGGACACGAAGAUGGGCCAUCAAAAGGUUCUCAGGAACUUGCAACUAAGUUACGUCGGAUUGCAGCUCGUAAAGAAAUUGACUUGUCUAUGGGACCUCGGCGUAAACAUAAGCGGCCACGGGUGGACGAGAAGGAAGGUUCAAUAGUUAAGCCUAUAACUGCCAAGGUUCCUCCUAUGGAUAUUGAGAUUGAGAUUGAUUAG